UUAAAGCUAGCGAAAAGCAUUGUUCCUACAAAUUACAACAUUUCAGUUUGUGUAAGUUGUUCUCUCCUAUUAGAAGAAAUUUCCAAUCGGAAGAUUUCCCAAAGUCAACAAACGUGUCUAGAUCAAUUCAAAGACACUCAAGACGCUGUUCAACAAGGAUUAUCAAUCAUUUUCAACUUGGAUCUUCUUUAAGGAUUCAUGUCGAAAGGUGAUAUGGCAUGUUUACAACCUACAUUCGAGCACCGCAUUCAAGGCGCAAGUCCUUCUCUGCAUAGUUUCGGUAAAAGAAGGUCAUGGGGAGUUCAAAACCUCGGUCUAGGAUUGCUUACAAAGCAAGACAGUAGUUAUUUGAAACUAAGUAACCCAGAUUUGAUACAAAUGGUGAUAUUAGUAGAAGAAUGGACAGAAAGCAAGGAUACUUCAGGACUUGAAGCCAAAAAAGAGAAAAUUUUUCAAAGUGCCAGCGAAUUUUUGAGAGGAGGCGAAUUACUAGCAUUCGCUAUUCGAAAAAGACUCAAAGUACAAGAUGAAGACGUCUUGAAUCGAGCCUUACAAUUGUUGAAAGAUGCUGUGCAAAAUAUUCCUGGCUUUUUCAGAGAUAUUGCUACAGAUAAGUUUUUCCGAAGACUUUGGAGGAUAGUGGUCCCAGACUACAAGGAGCCCGUCUCGACGCGACUCCGCAAGACUCUCACCCUAACAAAUGCUGAAGACAUCAUAAAACAACAUCGUUCUAUUUCUUCCGAGAUGAAAGAAAUGGUAAUGAUGUUGAUAAGAGCAUGGGCAGAAGAGCUUGAAGCAUCCUCCUCUUUAUCCAUGGAUCCUGCCGCCGUCUUCUGGAUGGAACGCUUUCACAGCAAAAAUCUCAAGUACCACUUUCCAGAAGUUCGACACGAAGGAAAGCCUUACGUAUAUGGAACAAGGGCUCUUAAAAGUAUUCCUAGUUCAGUCUUAUCACUACUCAUAUCAAACAGAGCUAAUUCAUCUUCAAGCAGCCAAAGUAGCUCGACUUGUAUAUCCGAUAGUCAGGAAGAAAUGUUGCUAGGAAGAAACAUCAAAUCGUUGGAGUCAGAUAUUCUUGUUCUCAAAGAACUUCUUAUGAAGACGGAUGAUAUUUCAGAAUUGGCAGAUGACGAUCAUGCUAUUCAUCUUCUAGUGCAAGCACGACUGGCCUUAAAAAAACUUACUGCAUAAUUGAAGUUUUAGAAAUCUUCGACAACAAAAGAAAGGGUCACAAGAAGAC